AUGUUAUGAGCUUGUUACUUUACGUCUAGGCCCUAACGUCAAUGUGAAAAUUUCUAGAUAUUAUUUGAUCAGCUAGCUUUCUCUCUGCUCAGGUGCCAGGCGUGGGGAAAUGUUUAAACACAAUUAUCAGGGUGGAGCUGGGGUGGAGGUGUUCAGCGGACAAGGCAAAGAUCCCGUGGCCAAGUGGAAACUUUGUGGAGGCCAGUCUGCCAUACGUAAAGAGUUUGAUAAAGAAGUAAAAGGAUUUGUUUACUGUCUGGAAGGUAGCAGCAAGAGUGUGAAGAUGCAAAUGCCGGAGAAUGGGAAAAUGUCAUUGGGACUUCUGCAAAGAUUCUUGGCCCUUCAAGUGAAUAUUCCUCAAGGCAAAGACUUUUCUAUGGAGCUUGUAAUAACUGAUGUUGGCCACCUGAAACGACGACUCUACUUAUCGACCGUGCAUAAAGAGUUGUCUGCCACACUCUGGCAUGCAAAACUACCUCUGGCAGGGUUGAAACGCAAUAUUUGGACCACGUUGUUUGUCGAUCUUGUGUCCUUCACCGGAGAGUCGUUCAAGGCCGCCGGAUUUUUGUCCCUGGAUGGCAUCACCUUGUUUGCCAGCUGUAAAGUGCGGAGAAUCUUCACUGUGAAAACGGAGCCAACUUUAAUGACAAGUGAUGAUAUGUUUCUCAGUGGGGCCAGUGUUAUGGAUCAGAUCCCACGCAGCUGCCAGUUUCCACCAAACGUUUGCCACGAGUGUCUGGUUCUGAACAUGGCAGUCUUGCAGAAGGCCGAUUUGAGGACAACUCAUGCAAGCGUCGAUUGUGGACCUGACCAGCAUCCUGCUGCCAGAUCAGCCACUUCUCACAGAAGCAAGCUCCAGGCAGCUCCACGCACAGCCUCAGGCUCGAGAGCCGCAGCACCAGCAACACAUGCUGGAAGAAAAGGCGGCCCAGCCACAAAUGGGUUGGAAAAAGGAGAACCCUGUAACGAAAAAACGGCAUACUUAAAUCCGACAUUUCAGCAAUUUAAUGCACUCAUUGGAGAUGCAGAACCAUCACACCAUCAUCAAGAGGGAGCACCCUCUAGCUUGCAGCCACAUCCUCCAAGAGGCAAAGUGCUCAACAAGCAAGCAUCCGAGAGGAGAAUGUUACGCGUCCCAAGAACAACACCAGAGAGGCUUGAAGGGCUGCUGGAGCAUGCUCGUGUUGGCCACAGCAGGAGAAAUGAGACCAGAGAGAAAAUCCCUCCAUCAAGUGGACUGGAGAGCAGACAAGAACCUUUGACCCCAAAAGAAACGACAGAGGUCCUAAAAGCAGACGAAGGCAGUUUGAAUUCGAGUUCCAUAAUUCCGCCACCCACACCAGCAGAGCCUAUCCCUGGCUCGACCCGGCCGGCUUCCUCUCCUGACCUGCAUGUCCGGAGCCGCUGGGAGAGUAAUGAUGAGGAGCCCGAGCUGCGGCGCACUCUGCGGGAGGAGGUGUUCACUUUCGCGUCCCCGCCCCACUCACCCAAAAGAGGCCAAUGCCGGGGUGAGCAGAAGAUGGAGAUGAGAGGCCAUCAGGUUCAAAGCCCAAAUGGGACACGCAGUGAGGCCCAGCCCGAAGAUGAUUUCAAUGGCAGUGAAAGCGAUGAGGAAAUAGGCUACACUGCAUUCUCACAAUUAACAUUCAAUGCAGACUCCACUCCUGACAUUUCCCAAUGCCUUGAUCCAAAUUUGGGCCUUGAAGUCCAGCCUGAGGAUCACAACACUGAGGACACAUCAGUAGAAACUCUUUGUCCAGCUGCCAGUGAUAUGCACCUGCACUUUCCAUCCAGCAAGCCAGCUGGAAAUGAUGGGAUGUCUCCCGGACACCGUCACGCACCCUGUGGUACCAAACAGGAUGAGAGGUGUGGGUCAGGUGGAGCAGGAGGAGGAAACCAGCGUGUGGAUUGGAACAACAGCGUAUCACUGUCGAGGAGCCUUCUUCAAAAAGUCUCACUGGAUGAUCCGCUCAAGGCGGAAGACAACACAAUGGAGCCUGGUGAUUCUGGUGAUGAGCACAUAAACCCAGCCAGCAGUCUACAAUUGCAUCAGGGGGAUGAUGACGAGCUCCAGAUGCUUGCAAGUCUAAAAAGGCAGCAGGAGGAAGACAAAUACAAAGCCUCUGGCCUCAGUGCAUCUCAGAUCCACCAGCGUAAGGUCAGCAUGAGCCUGAGCAGUGAGGACACGUCUACCUGGACGCACAUCUCCAUGCCAGCUAAUCAGGGCCACCACUACCAAAAGGAAAUGAACCCACUCCGGUCUUCAAAUCCUAGGGAGUGGAUGGAUGUGCUCAGCCCCCCAAUUCUUCCUCAUAGCAGGCAGAGAAGGUCAGGCAACACAACUAACCAUCAAGAGGAUCUAAUCCGAGGAGGGGAUGAGUCUGGAAACGAAGAGGAGAUGGAGGAUGAGUAUUUAAAUCUGCUCUAUGAUCCUUGCCUCAACUGCUAUUUCGAUCCAGAGACGGGGAAGUACUAUGAACUAGCUUGACUCAAAGCUUGUGAGAUUCUAAGUCAAUAAAUCAGAGGACAUUGACAGUGGAUGAAUGGCUGCAGAUUUUUGUUAUUGAUCACCAAUGAAUACCCUGCUGCCAAGGAGCUUUUCAUCUUACCGCUUUUUGUUUUUGUAAUGCUAACUAAUGACGUCACCCGUGGUCUUGUUAGCAUGUAAAGAGAGCAAAACUCAAAAAAGGUUGUUGCUUUUUUUGUGUGUGGCACCCGCUCAUUUUAUUAGCACAUCUGCUGGUAAAAUCCCUUUUCGGGAAACUUUGGCUAGCAGAUAAAUGGUAAGAUAGCUGAAAGAACAUCCUGCAACAUUUUGUUUUUAAAUUCAAAUUCUGAUUUGGAUUCAUAUAAUGAUUGUGCUCCUGUUAUUCAUCAUUUGUGUAAAA